AUGUCUCAAAACUAUACAAAGGUGGACGCCAUUGCUGCCAGCAAUGGCACGGUGGAUAGUGCCUCUACAACCAAAAACACUGGAUCAUGGACCAACGUCCCAGCGACGCCUAUCAACCGAGCCAUCAUCGUCGGCGCAGGACCCUCCGGCCUUGUACUCGGCAUCCUUCUCGCCCGAGCUGGUAUCUCCGUGACUCUGCUCGAGGCGAGCCAUAAACUGGACGAGAAUCCCCGUGCCGCACACUACGCCCCAUCCGCAUGCUACGAUCUCAACCGUGCCGGCGUCCUAGACGACAUUGCCGAACGAGGCUUCUUCCCGGACAGCGUCUGCUGGCGGAAGCCUGACGGGACCUACGUUGGCGGCAUUAAAAACGAGGGCGUCAAGGUCGACUACCCUAUGGUGUGCCUCCCACUCGACAAGCUGGACCGACUACUGCUGGAGCACUUCGAACGCUACGACAACACCGAAAUCCUCUUUGAGCACAAAGUCACCGCAAUCAAGCAGGACGACCAGCAGGCGUCCGUCGAGGUCGAGCUGAAGGACGGGACGCGGGUCUGGAAGAGCGCCGACUACGUGAUCGGCGCCGACGGCGCCAACAGCCAGAUCCGCCGCUCCCUCUUCGGUGACCUCAACUACCCCGGCGAGACGCUGCAGAAGCAGAUCAUCGCCACCAACGUCAAGUACGACUUCAAGAAAUUCGGCUACUGGGACUCCAACUUCAUCAUCGACCCGGAAGACUGGUACAUGGCGGCCAAGAUCACCAAGGACGGCCUGUGGCGCGUCACGUACGGAGACGACUGGGGCCUGUCCAACGAGGAGUACAUGGCGCGCCAGCCCAUGCGCUUCGAGAAGAUCCUGCCGGGCAACCCGAAGCCCGGCGACUACGAGCUCGUGUCGGCGAGCCCCUACAAAUUGCACCAGCGAUGCUCGCCGAGUAUGCGCGAGGGACGGUUUUUGCUCGUGGCUGACGCUGCGCACCUGUGCAAUCCUUUUGGCGGCCUCGGGCUCACGGGCGGCUUUGCCGACGUCGGCUCGCUCUUCGACGCGCUGAACGCCAUCCACACGGGGCGAGUCAAGGACACCAGCAUCCUGGACGAGUACUCGCGGCUGCGCAUCAAGAAGUGGCAGGAAGUCAUCAACCCGAUGUCGAGGAAGAAUUUCGGCCUGAUCUGGGACCCGAACAUGGAGAAGGACCGAGAGGAGUUCUUUGCAUUCACCAAAAGCAUGGAAUCGAACGUCGAGCUCGCCGAGAAGAUGGCACAUUCUACCCAUGGCCUCCGAGAGAACCUUGAAGCUUUUAUCUCGCAGGCGAGCCUUGGUCCGCUCCCCCAGACUGGACAGGAUGCGACGACGGCGCCGCCGAAAAGCGUGGGCGCUUUUAACAUCAUGGUCGAGCAGAAAGUAGCGUAA